AUGGGUGAUAUACUGGAGAAAUGUGGUGAUCCCGGCCCAUGUUUAGUCACUUGCACUAUGGAUGGUGUACAAUUUGUUGAUUGCAUGUGUGAUCUAGGUGCUUGUGUUAGCAUUAUGUCUUUAUCUGUCUAUGAAACAUUGAAACUUCCACCGUUAAAAUGGUCGGCGGCCCGGUUUGUUUUGGCGGAUAAGUGUAUAAUUUCGGUGGUUCGCAUUAGGGAAGACGUUAUAGUGAGUAUAAAGGGGUUGGUCUUUCCGAUUGAUUUCCAUAUUCUUGAGAUGCCCCCUAGUGACUUUGGAAGAACAUCAUCUAUCUUGCUUGGGAGGCCAUUUUUGAAGACCUCCCGGUUUAAAUUGGAUGCUUUUUCGGGUACCUACUCUUUUGAGAUCGAUGAAAGAGUAGUGAGUUUUAAUCUUGAUGAAGCCAUGAGACAUCCACCGGAGGACCAUUCCAUCUUCCGGUGUGAUAUGAUUGAUAAUGUUGUGGCCAAAGUCCACCAUAAUGGUUUUGAGGAGAAGAGUAUGAUUCAAAGUCCAAGUGUGGGGAGCCCCCAUGAAUGUGAGGAAGAUACCUUACCACCUCCGGUGUUGCCGGAUGAUCAAGUGCCAAGCCAUGAACAAAGUGUAGAUUUGAAACCACUUCCACCCCAUCAAAAAUAUGCCUUUUUUGAAGAGAAUCAAAAGCUACCGGUGAUCAUUGCAAAGGAGCUUACCUCCCAUCAAUAG